UCGAGGCAACGUUCGAAAUUGAGAGAGAGGAGAGGGACAGUCCUGGGCCGGCCUCUUCCCCAUUUCCCCAGAUCUCUUUAAACGCCAUUCUGCUUCAAAUUCACAACAAAUUUAGUAAAAUUUAAUGCAGCAAAUUUCCUCCCAAAAGAAAAUCCUUUCGGUACGAAGGACGUAUCUCGCACAAGGCGUUGAAGGUAGCGAGAUUCGAACCCUGUACCUCUCCAUUCUUUUAGGGUGGGGUUGGCAUUGGCACUAGCUUUUGCAGCACACUUCACCUUGUUAUUAAGCAAAACAGAACCCUUAGCAGGGAUGGACGGCAACGGGAACAAUCACGAUGGGAGCACUGCUUUAGCGAGAGGAUUGAGUAAUCUGUCAAAUGAUGGCGGGGCUGAAAAAGAUAUAAUGCAGUGCGUACAGGUUGCAGUGCACAUCCGGCCCCUGAUAAACCACGAGCGCCUUCAAGGCUGCAAAGAAUGCAUAACCGUCAUCCCCGGCGAGCCUCAGGUCCAAAUUGGAACACAUUCAUUUACAUUUGAUCAUGUAUAUGGUUGUACAGGCUCACCUUCGUCAGCUAUUUUUGAAGAAUGUGUUGCUCCACUUGUUGAUGGUUUAUUCCAAGGAUACAAUGCUACAGUUCUGGCAUAUGGGCAGACUGGUUCAGGCAAAACUUACACUAUGGGAACUGCUUACACAGUGGGCGGUAAUACAGAAGGAGUAAUCCCUAAAGUUAUGGAGGCAAUAUUUAAGAAAGUUGAAGAGUUGAAGCACCAAGGAGAAGUAUUGUUGAAGGUUUCAUUUAUUGAGAUUCUGAAAGAAGAAAUUCAUGAUUUGCUUGAAGCAAACCACUCAAAAGGGCCUAUACAAAUUCGUGAAAAAAGUAAUGGUGGCAUAACCCUUACAAAUGCUGAAGAGGUGGACGUUACAAGUCAAGAAGAAAUGGCAGAUGUUUUGGCUCAAGGGUCAUUAUGUCGAGCCACUGGGAGCACUAACAUGAACCAGCAAUCCAGCCGUUCUCAUGCCAUAUUUACAAUCAACAUGGUGAAUAAGCGGAAAUCGGAAGUAGCUGUAUUUAUGACUGGCGAUUCAGGUUCUUCAGAAGAGCAGUAUGAAGAAAUUGUAUGUGCAAAGCUUCAUUUGGUGGACCUUGCAGGGUCUGAAAGAGCUAAAAGGACAGGUGCAGAUGGGCUCCGGUUCAAAGAAGGCGUUCACAUUAAUAAGGGGUUGUUGGCACUUGGGAAUGUCAUAAGUGCACUUGGAGAUGAGAAAAAACGCAAAGAAGGUUCUCAUGUGCCAUAUAGAGAUAGUAAACUGACUCGUCUCUUGCAGGAUUCUCUUGGAGGAAACAGCAGAACUGUGAUGAUUGCAUGUGUUAGUCCCGCUGACACGAAUGCAGAAGAAACUCUAAAUACUCUAAAGUAUGCAAAUCGGGCCCGCAACAUUCAGAAUAAGGCAAUUGUCAAUCGUAACCCAAUGGCUGCUGAAAUGCAAAAAAUGCGACAUCAACUAGAGUAUUUGCAAGCUGAACUUCUUUGUUCUCGUAAUGGAGCUGCUUCAUCUGAUGAGCUGCAGGUUCUUAACCAUAAGAUCUCACGGCUUGAAGCAAGCAAUGCAGAACUCCGUCAGGAGCUUCAGGAGUGUCGCUUAAACUCACAAAUUUUGGCUGACCAUGCAAUGGAAGCACAGGUUGAGAAAGAUCAAUUGAGCUUCAAAAUAGAGCAGUUACGCAAUGGGAAAACGUGGAAAGAGAUUGAUGAUGCUGAUCAAAGCCAGGAUAUGAAUUUGAUUAAAAAUUAUUUGUCAAAGAUACAAGACCUGGAAAAUGAAGUCCAGCGCCUACAAGCUGCCACAAAUAUUCAAUCGACAGGAACUAUUAGACCUAGCUCUUUUGUUGAUUGUCUUGAUAUGGAAGACGGUGCAUUAGUACCAUCUCAUGAUUGUCUUGGUGAAGAGUCCAGGGAAGGAGAAGAAGAAGACGAGACUGCAAAAGAGCUUGAACAUUCUUACCUUCAAGAUACAAUGGGAAAGGAAUUACAAGAACUAGACAAACGGUUGGAACAGAAAGAGGCAGAGAUGAAAAUGUUUGCCAAGGCUGACACGUCGGUGCUUAGGCAACAUUUUGAGAAAAAAUUUAUGGAGCUUGAAGAAGAGAAGAGGGCUUUACAGAAAGAAAUGGAACGGUUGAAAGCUGAACUUGAAAGUAUUUCAAGUACAUCUGACGAACAUACACAGAAGAUGCAAGAAAGUUAUAUUCAUAAGUUGAAGGCACUUGAGACUCAGAUAUCUGAGCUCAAGAAAAGGCAAGAAAACCAAGCACAACUUUUGAAGCAAAAGCAAAAAAGUGAUGAAGCAGCAAAACGAUUGCAAGAAGAAAUACAACGAAUUAAGACACAUAGAGUACAACUGCAACAUAAAAUGAAGCAAGAAUCUGAACAGUUCCGGUUUUGGAAAGCUUCUCGUGAGAAAGAGCUUCUUCAGCUUAAAAAAGAAGGGAGGAGAAAUGAAUACGAGAUGCAUAAACUCCAAGCAUUACACCAACGGCAAAAGAUGGUUCUUCAAAGGAAAACUGAAGAGGCUGCCAUGGUUACUAAGAGGUUAAAAGAGAUCCUGGAAGCUCGCAAAGUUUCAUCACGUGAUAACACUGGAGGUGCUAGUGGGACUGGUCAGACAAAUGGGAAAGCUCUGCAGCAUUCCCUUGAACAAGAGCUAGAAGUAGUUGUUCGUGUACAUGAAGUUCGCGCUGAGUAUGAAAAGCAAAGUCAAUCGAGAGCUGAAAUGGCAAAAGAGCUAGCUAAACUAAAGCAAGUACAUGAAAGUGGUGGUACUCCUUCAGGCUCUCCAAGUGCAAGGGAGGCGAGGAUGAAAGUUCUCGAAGAGAUGCUGAACAAUAGUUCUGCUGUCCUCGUGAACAUGGCAUCCCAACUGUCUGAAGCAGAAGAACGUGAACGCAACUUUAUUGGUGGGCGAGGUCGUUGGAAUCAAUUGCGAUCAAUGGGUGAUGCAAAAGUUUUACUCAGUUAUUUGUUCAACAUAGCAGCUAGUUCAAGGUGUCAGUUACAAGACAAAGAAAUAGAGAUUCGGGAGAUGAAAAUAAAUUUGCACAAGCUUAGCACUGCAUUAAGACAGAGUGAUGCUCAAAGGGAGGAACUAGAGAAGAAACUGCGAUCAAAGGAGCAGGUUAGCUUAGAUACUCGCAAACAUUCAAAUGAUUUGAAUUUACCAGAGGGACGUUUUGCAUCAAAACAGCUGCAAAACCAAGCAUGCUUUGUUGACAUUUCAAAUACAGGGAACGAGAAUUUCCCUUAUGAUUUACGCAAGGCUUCACGCGUUUCCCAGAGCUACAACUUUGCACACAAUGUUGAUAUUGACAUCUUAGAGCAGGAAGAUAUGGACACGUCAAGUGAUGAUCAAUCCGAUGAGGAGUCAGAUGUGGAUUGGGCUGAAGAUUUAGAACAGAAUACAACAAUGAAGAAGAACAAGGUCUUUAUGGGCUCAAAAGGGUCUAAACCUUUAGACAGGAAGUCAAGUGGCAGCGUAGGAAGUGAUAUGCAGGAUAAUGAAUCUUCAGGCCAUUCCCAGGGUGAGGCUGUGUGUGGGGAAAAUGAAAUUAAAUCAAAAUCAGAAACUGAGGGUUGCUGCACAUGUAGUCGCGUCUCAGGUUGUAAGACUAUGAAGUGUGGAUGCAAGGCUGCAGGUAGUUUCUGUGGGCCCAGGUGUGGGUGCAAGGCUAACAGGUGUGCAAACAGGGAAAAUAUGGAGAUGGAAGUGGAGACAUCAACAAUGGAUGAUGUGGUUCAAAUGGAAGUAGCAGAAUCUGUGGAGACACUUGGAGAGAACAAGGCACAGCGACGAAACCAUGACAAGGAUGAGAUCAAGAGGACUAACAACAACAACAACAUUGGAGAUGGCUUGAUUGAAACCAAGGCUCUUGCUGUGCAUGGCGCAUCAUUGCUAGAGAAUGCAUUAAAAGAAUCACUUUCAAGGCAUGAGGUACAUGCUGAUUCAAAUAGAGAGCAGGAAGGGGAAAAUGAACAGAAUGUUGGCCACCGUAAACCACUAACGGAUAUUGGCAACACCAACGUCGCAUCUCAAGAUCAAGCUAAUUCUAAGGCCAAUCAACGGAAAAAAUGGAAGAAACCACAGAUUCAGAUAGUUGAAAUUGCACCUCAAUCUAAUGCUCAGCCCAAAGAAACAUCAACGACAACAACGAAUGCUAAGUUAGUUGUUCCCGGCAAUUCCUUGGCUAAUAACACAUCUUUGCCUGCAAGGCCUGUGUCACGUACUGCAGAGGAACCAUCAAAUAAUUCUGUUCAAGAGUCGGCUAUUCCACUGAAAUUGCCAAGGAGUAUGCACAAAGGUACAAGUGCCAUGACGAGUCCUUUAAAAACACGGAAUACCAGUGCUUCAGAUGAAAGUGGUGUAGAUAAAUCUGCUGCAAAUGGUCCUGGAAGUCCGGGUAAAUGUGGUCGAGGAAUGAAUGGAAAAGAGAAUUUGAGAUCCAACUAACUUAUUCAGGUUUGAUCUUAUUUUUUUCUGUGGUUCCAACCUACACUAUUGUGUGGAAGAUUGGGCUGUACAUAGCUUGCCUACAGUUCAUGUCAAGGAGGGCACAUGGCUUUGAAUGAUCUCUGUGCAGACCUCUAUUUGCAAUUUCGCUUGACUAUUUGAAUUGCUCAUUACUCAUCGUAUAUAAUCAACAAAUAGGCUUGUGGCAUAAAUCAUUUUCUGGCAUUUUCCCCAAAUUUGUUGGUUCCACGGUUGUAUCAUGUAUUCAUAACCAGUUUCCCUGGUUUCAAAUUGGAUGAUUAUGAACUACUAUUUGUAUCACACAAAGUUGGCAGAGAAACAGAGGUCUGUAUUCCUAAUCACCUGUUUUUCUAUUUCAAAACUGUGGAAGUACUUUUUUCAAUGUGGACUUGUGAAAUUAUUUAGCGUUAAAUAUUUUUGAUGU